AGUAGAGAUGAGAUUUAACCACAUUGGUCAGGCUGGUCUCAAACUUCUGACCUCAGGUGAUCCACCUACCUCGGCCUCCCAAAGUAUAGGGAUGACAGGCGUGAGCCACCAUGCCCAGCCCUGAAGUGGCCUGUGAGUACGGCAUGGUGCACGUGGUCUCCGAGGCUGGGGGCCCCAGAGGCAAAGACUACUGCAUCCUCUACAACCCGCAGUGGGCCCAUCUGCCGCAUGACCUCAGCAAGGCGUCUUUCCUGCAGUUGCGCAACUGGACGGCCUCCCUGCUCUGCUCCGCAGCGGACCUCCCUGCCCACGGCUUUGGCAACCAGAUCCCGCUGGUGGCCCGGGGGAACUGCACCUUCUAUGAGAAAGUGAGGCUGGCCCAGGGCAGCGGAGCACGCGGGCUGCUCAUCGUCAGCAGGGAGAGGCUGGUCCCCCCGGGGGGCAAUAAGACGCAAUAUGAUGAGAUUGGCAUUCCUGUGGCCCUGCUCAGCUACAAAGACACGUUGGACAUCUUCAGGCGUUUCGGCCGCAUGGUGAGGGUGGCACUGUACGCGCCUCAUGAGCCAGUGCUGGACUACAACAUGGUCAUCAUCUUCAUCAUGGCCGUGGGCACUGUCGCCAUCGGCGGCUACUGGGCCGGGAGUCGGGACGUGAAGAAAAGGUACAUGAAGCACAAGCGCGACGACGGGCCCGAGAAGCAGGAGGACGAGGCGGUGGACGUGACGCCAGUGAUGACCUGCGUGUUCGUGGUGAUGUGCUGCUCCAUGCUGGUGCUGCUCUACUACUUCUAUGACCUCCUCGUGUACGUGGUCAUCGGGAUCUUCUGCCUGGCCUCCGCCACCGGCCUGUACAGCUGCCUGGCGCCCUGUGUGCGGCGGCUGCCCUUCGGCAAGUGCAGGAUCCCCAACAACAGCCUGCCCUACUUCCACAAGCGCCCGCAGGCCCGCAUGCUGCUCCUGGCGCUCUUCUGCGUGGCUGUCAGCGUAGUGUGGGGUGUCUUCCGCAAUGAGGACCAGUGGGCCUGGGUCCUCCAGGACGCCCUGGGCAUCGCCUUCUGCCUCUACAUGCUGAAGACCAUCCGUCUGCCCACCUUCAAGGUGAGCCUCCUCUGUGUGCCUCCCCCAGGGUUGCUGGUGGCCUACUGCCACAGGUUCGACAUCCAGGUACAGUCCUCCAGAGUAUACUUCGUGGCCUGCACCAUCGCCUAUGGCGUUGGCCUCCUGGUGACGUUCGUGGCGUUGGCCCUGAUGCAGCGUGGCCAGCCCGCUCUCCUCUACCUGGUGCCCUGCACGCUGGUGACAAGCUGCGCCGUGGCACUCUGGCGCCGGGAGCUGGGCGUGUUCUGGACGGGCAGCGGCUUUGCGAAAGUCCUACCUCCAUCUCCGUGGGCCCCAGCGCCAGCCGACAGCCCGCAGCCUCCCAAAGACUCGGCCACACCGCUGUCCCCGCAGCCACCCGGCAAAGAACCAGCCACGCCUCCCCAGGAUGGGAACUCCAGCGUCCUCGUACAUUUCCAGUUGCGCUUUCUGCUGCGACCCCUCCAGACGCUGAGCCUGGGCCUGGAGGAGGAGCUAUUGCAGAGAGGAAUCCAGGCAAGGCUGCGAGAGCGUGGCAUCUCCCUGGCUGCCUAUGGCACAAUCGUGUCAGCCGAGCUCACAGGCCGCUGUCCAGGGAACUCCUUUUCCUGCCAGAACAGCCAGUGUGUGACCAAGGUGAACCCGGAGUGUGACGACCAGGAGGACUGCUCCGAUGGGUCCGAUGAGGUGCACUGUGAGUGUGGCUUGCAGCCUGCCUGGAGGAUGGCCGGCAGGAUCGUGGGCGGUGUGGAAGCGUCCCCGGGGGAGUUUCCGUGGCAAGCCAGCCUUCGAGAGAACAAGGAGCACUUCUGUGGGGCCACCAUCAUCAGUGCCAGGUGGCUGGUAUCUGCCGCUCACUGCUUCAAUGAGUAA